AUGAAAAAGGUGUCUAUCAGAUGUGUACUUUUGCUGAUCACAUGUUUGUGUAUAGCAGGUACUAUUCUCCUGUGGUUGUCUAGCAACAAAUUCGUUGAUCAGUAUUCACUGGCCGGUGCAGUUUGUGAGAAUCACUACUUCAGAGAGUGUACACAAUCUGGAAAUCUGUGGCUUAAGUGUGUUGAAGAGUUGAACAGUCUAGUCAGGCGACAGGAGUCAGCUUCAAGAGAAAUUAUAUCAACUUGGCCACCAGGUUCAAUUACUCAUUUAAUUGACAACCGGUUACCAGUAUUUAACCUUGCUUUGAAGAUUCCGUUUGCGAAAAACGCUGAGAAUCCACUUGAUAACAGAUAUUAUCGUCAGUACUUAGAGCUCAUAUCGAACAAAAGUGUUGAGCGUAGUCGGGGCAGUUGGCUAGCAGCUUCUCAGAAGAGAUUGGCUAGCGCCGUGCUGAGUUCGUCGGAUUAUUUUCUGUAUCCUCAAACUUUGAAUUUCGCUGAGGUUAUAUCGGAUGCUGAGAAGGGGAUUCCUAUCAAGACACUGCCAAUAAACAAUCCAGAACUGUUCGUCAUUCGAUCACCAAAACGUACAUGCAAUCCAUGCCAGAAAGAAAUUGUGCCAGAUCUAGUCGUCGUCAUCAAAUCCUGCACAUACUGUACCGAAAAACGUUCACGUGUGCGACAGACAUUUAUGCAGAAACACUUGUGGACAGGCAUCAAUGUCCAGUUCGUCUUUGUUGUAGGCAUACCAUAUCCUGGUGAGUCAAACAUAUUUGUAAUCGAUGGAUAUAAACACAGACUGAAACACUUUUGGUGGAAAUCAUCGAAGAAGCAUGAUAAUGAGAAGUGGACAUUCAUGAAACGACUUGUUAGAGAGGCUGAUCAAUACGAAGAUCUUCUGGUUGGCUUUUUUCAUGACACAUACUUCAACUUGACUACGAAGCUGAUAUUUACUGUGCGUUGGCUAUCAGCAUUUUGUUCUGAACAGAUUCCAUUGUUCCUUUUCGUUGAUGAUGAUUAUGAUUUGGUUCCGAGGAAUGUUGUAAAGUUCUACAGGAGUCAUUCGAAGGAAUAUCUGAGGAGUUUGACUGGUGGGCAAGUGUAUUCACCAUCUAUUGUAUACAGGCCACAAUCAAGAGAAGAGAUUAACGGUGUGUGGGAAGUAACUGUCAAUGAAUUUCCAUGGAAAUUAUAUCCUGAAUUUUACUUUGGAUUAACAUAUCUUUUGGGUUCAAGUAUUGUAAAGCGUGUGGCUAUCGCCAGUGCUUUUACUAAACCUAUGCGUAUUGAUGACGCCUUUCUUGGUAUAGUAUUGAACAAACUGAAUAUUAAACUCCGACAUUUAGAUGUUAUUCAAAUCAGUGCACAUGAACGUGAAGUAUUAUUAGGUGCUAUCAAUGUACCGUCUGGAACAAGCAAGAAUAUAAUCAACUGGAAAACAGGGUUUUUGAAGUGA